CUCAUAAACAUACACAGCUGUAUAUAAGAGUGUCGCUCUGGUUCAGCCCCGCAUCACCUGGUGGUUGUACCCUCGACCUCACCAUACACAUCGACAUACGGGCAGGAUGAAGCUGCUGUUGGUUGUCGUCGCUGCUCUGGCCGUGGCCAGCUGUGCCAGCAUCUCCCUGGAAGACCUGGAGUUCCACGCCUGGAAACUGAAGUUUGGAAGAUCUUACAACUCUCCAUCAGAGGAGACUCACCGCAUGCAAAUCUGGCUCCGAAACCGCAAACUGGUACUGGUGCACAAUAUCAUGGCCGAUCAGGGCAUCAAAUCCUACCGCCUUGGCAUGAACUACUUUGCUGACCUGGAAAAUGAGGAGUACAAGCGCUUGAUUUCUCAGGGCUGCCUGGGCUCCUUCAACGCUUCUCUGCCUCGUGGUGGCUCCACCUUCCUGCGCUUGCCUGGAGUCACUGAUCUGCCACAAACCGUCGACUGGAGGGACAAGGGCUACGUCACUGACGUCAAGGACCAGAAGCAGUGUGGCUCCUGCUGGGCCUUCAGCACAACUGGUUCCCUGGAGGGUCAGAACUUCAGGAAGACAGGGAAGAUGGUGUCCCUGAGUGAGCAGCAGCUGGUGGACUGCUCUGGUGACUAUGGCAACGAGGGCUGCAAUGGAGGCUUAAUGGACAAUGCCUUCAAAUACAUCCAGGCCAACGGAGGUAUAGACACAGAAGACUCCUACCCGUAUGAGGCUGAGGAUGGAAAGUGCCGUUACAAUCCUGCCACCAUUGGUGCCAAAUGCACCGGCUUUGUUGAUAUAAAACAAGGAGAUGAAGACGCCCUGAAGGAGGCUGUGGCCACCAUUGGACCCGUGUCUGUGGCUAUCGAUGCUUCUAAUGAGUCUUUCCAGUUAUAUGAAUCAGGAGUGUAUAAUGAGCCGGAUUGCAGCAGCACAGAAUUGGACCACGGUGUUCUCGCUGUGGGAUACGGCAGUGAUGGCGGACAUGACUAUUGGCUGGUCAAGAACAGCUGGGGUCAAUCCUGGGGAGACAAGGGAUACAUCAGGAUGACCAGGAACAAACACAACCAGUGUGGCAUCGCUACUGCCUCCAGCUACCCCCUGGUCUGAGAAGGUCUUUCAUCUGUAUCACAUAAUUCACUAUAAUUCCAUAGAGCAGCGAACUUAUCACUUGACUGAUGUUUUUCUUGUUUGAACUGUACCCUGGUGCAAU